GUAUAUGGUUUAACAUUGGGCAGAAACGUGAAACCCUUGAAAACUCAUUGAACUCCUCAGCACUACCGGCAGCAGCAACAAUCCAUCUUUUAUCUUCUUUCCCAAGCUACAUCUGUCUUUAUCGGGUUUAUCACACCUCUUUUUAUUGCAGUUUUAAUGGCCGGAGGUGCUAGCGGAAGCUCCAAAGCCGUGCGUAUUGUUGUUGCCGGCGACAAAGGCACCGGCAAAUCAAGCUUGAUUGUCACCGCCGCUGCCGAUACUUUUCCGGCCAAUGUUCCGCCUGUCUUGCCGCCCACUACUUUACCGGCAGACAUUUAUCCCGAGAAAGUUCCUGUUACAAUCAUCGAUACUGCCUCGAGUGUAGAGAGUAGAGGUAAACUGACGGAGGAAUUGAAGCAGGCUGAUGCAGUGGUGCUAACUUAUGCAUGUGAUAAGCCUUCCACUCUUGAUCGCUUGAGUACUUUCUGGCUUCCUGAGUUGCGACGAUUAGAGAUAAAUGUUCCAGUAAUAGUGGUGGGUUGUAAGCUGGAUUUGCGCGAUGAACAGCAUUCAGUUAGUCUAGAGCAGGUGAUGUCACCUAUUAUGCAACAGUUUCGGGAGAUUGAGACUUGCAUCGAGUGUUCAGCACUGAACCAUAUUCAGAUACCUGAGGUUUUUUACUAUUCUCAAAAAGCAGUGCUCCACCCCACAGCUCCAUUAUUUGAUCAAGAAGCACAAACUCUAAAACCACGAUGCAUUAGGGCUCUAAAAAGGAUAUUUAUUAUAUGUGACCAGGAUAGAGAUGGCGCCCUUAGUGACGCAGAACUGAACGAUUUUCAGGUCAAGUGUUUUAAUGCCCCUUUGCAACCUUCUGAAAUAGUCGGUGUCAAGAGGGUUGUGCAAGAAAAAUUGCCCGAAGGUGUCAAUGAUCGUGGUCUUACUUUGACUGGGUUUCUCUUUCUCCAUGCACUAUUCAUAGAGAAGGGACGACUAGAGACAACAUGGACUGUCCUAAGGAAAUUUGGUUACAAUAAUGAUAUAAAACUUGACGCAGAUCAACUUCCACCUCCUAUAAAGAGAGCUCCUGAUCAGACCGUAGAGCUUACAAAUGAAGCUGUUGAGUUUCUCAAAGAGACAUUCUCUAUAUUUGACGUCGAUGGUGAUGGAUCCCUUCGAACAGGAGAAAUCGAAGAUCUUUUUUCUACUGCUCCUGAAAGUCCUUGGAGUGAAGCUCCUUAUGAAGAUGCGGCCGAGAGAACUGCCCUAGGAGGUUUUUCACUUGAUGGGUUUUUAUCUGAGUGGGCCCUUAUGACAGCACGAGACCCUAUGUAUAGUGUCGAGAACUUGAUAUAUAUUGGCUACCCUGGCGAUCCUUCUUCUGCCAUCCGUAUCACUCGAAGAAGACGCAUAGAUCGCAAAAAGAAGCAGACAGACAGAAAUGUGUUUCAAUGCUUUGUGUUUGGUCCAAAAGAGGUCGGAAAGUCUGCACUAUUGAAUUCUUUUGUUGGAAGGCCAUUUUCCAAUAAUUAUAUUCCAACAACAGAUGAAAGUUAUGCUGCUAAUACAGUUGAUCAACUAGGGGGAAAGAAAACUCUUAUUAUGCGAGAAAUUCCUGAUGAAGUAGUUGGGCAAUUACUUGCUAACAAAGAUGCAUUGGCAGCUUGUGAUGUAGCUGUCUUCGUUUAUGAUAGUUCCUAUGAGGAGUCAUGGAAGAAGACAACUGAAUUGCUUCUGAAAGUAGCUAGUCAUGGAGAAGCUACCGGUUAUGAGGUGCCAUGCCUAAUCGUUGCCGCUAAAGAUGAUCUUGAACCACACAUGGCAGCACUACAAGAUUCAACUAGGGUUAGUCAGAAUAUGGGGAUAGAUGCACCUAUACCAAUCAGCACAAAGUUGGGCGAUUUUAAUAAUGUAUUCAGAAGAAUCAUUGUUGCAGCAGAGCAUCCUCAUCUGAGCAUUCCUGAAACCGAGGCUGGAAAGACCCGCAAGCAGUACCAUAGGCUUAUUAAUCGCUCAGUCGUGUUUGUAUCAGUUGGAGCUGCAGUAACCAUUGUUGGUCUGGCUGCUUACCGGGCAUAUGCUGCGAGGCAAAAUUCCUCAAGUUGAGGAGACCAUAAUUUUGUUUCAUCUCUGCGAAAGGAAUUUGAUCCAGUACCUGCCGUUCAUCCACAGGGUUGUUAUGUAUUUUCCCUUGGUAUAACAUUUUAAAAUGUAGUUUUUAACUUUAUCCUAAGUCAAAUUCUUGUAGCUAUUCUACAAUACAGUAAAAUUAUAGUGAUAAAAGGAAAGGGUUAUCUUA